GACUUCUACUCUGUAGUACCUUGACUGACACUGGUACAGAUAUUAAAUACCAAUAUUUCUAUUAUAUAGUAAACUCUGUAUUUCUCAACUAUCUAUGUAUUUUAUUCAAAAUCAAAGCUCCGCAAAAAUUAAAUGUUUGUGUCACCGUCAAAAUCCACCCUGCCUUCUGUAUGAUGUCAAUAGUGAGACCCACAUAAUAAAUUCAAUCAGAGAAAUCCAUAGCGGCCACAUAUUUACCUUAACGAAUUAAUGGGUGCCACUGCCCACUUUGAAAUAUCUUCAACUUUUCGAAGAUUUUCAUUUUUCACAGAUUGGUGGUCAUCUGGUCAGUUGUUUUCAAUGAAGCCCGCCCAAUUGCUUGCACUCUGCAUUUUUAUUGGACUUUUGGAGGUUCACUCUGGAUUGUGCCCAGAAGGAUGGAACAGUGCACCGAACAUCGGAAAAUGUUUUCUUCUCAUAUCAAAAGUGAGUUCAUGGGAUGGAGCAGAAGCUGUUUGUCAGAAUCGCAGUGGCCAUCUGGCUGCAUUGACAUCUGUCCAAGAACUUCAGCAUGUGCAAGCUCUUUGCAAAAAUGUUAGUAGUGGGUGCUGGGUUGGAGGCCGUGCCAUUAACUCUGAAAAAGGUUUUAGUUGGCAAUGGAGUGAUCAAUCACUUUGGAAUAACUCUGUAUUUCCUGGGCCACCAUCCCCCCUCAAUUGUUCAAACUCUUCCUGCCUCAAGACAAAUCUUACCAAGUUUUGCACUUUAGUGACCAAUGGAAAAAUUCCUCUAGUUGGUGAUAGAUGCAAAACUUCCCAUGACUUCGUUUGCAUGCUAAGCAAAGGAAAUAAAUGUGAACUCAGACCUUGUCAUAAGGAGUAUAUUGUCAUCCUUGCAGUUGUAAGUGGGUUGAUCCUUUUUACUAUGCUUGCUGUGGUGAUUUGGCUUCUGGCUUAUAGACGAAGCAAAAGACGCAAGAGAUUUAGGCAAAUAUCUAGCCCUUCUUCUGCUGCUCUUGUUCCUCCUUCAUGGAGAGUGUACGCUAAUGAUGAAUUGAGGGCAAUCACUAAAAAUUUCAGUGAAGGAAACAGACUCUUAGGGGAUAAAAAGAAGAGUGGAACGUACAGAGGUACCCUGCCUGAUGGCUCAUUAGUAGCAGUUAAAAGGCUAAAUAAGUCUAGCUUCCAAAGUAAGAAAGAGUUCCUGUCUGAGAUUGGAAGGAUAGCACGUCUUCGACAUCCCAAUCUUGUAGCUGUCAAAGGAUGUUGCUAUGAACAUGGUGAGCGGUAUAUUGUUUAUGAGUUUCUAGCAAAUGGGCCUCUGGACAGAUGGUUGCAUCACCUUCCAAGAGGAGGCAGGAGCCUGGACUGGGGAAUGAGAAUGCGAAUUGCAACGACUCUUGCCCAAGGCAUUGCAUUUCUACAUGACAAAGUCAAACCUCACGUUGUGCACCGAGAUAUUCAAGCCAACAAUGUACUGUUAGAUGAAGAGUUUGGAGCACAUAUUUUGGGUGUUGGCCUGUCUAAAUUUAUCCCAUGGGAAGGGAUGCAUGAGAGAACAGUUAUGGCUGGCACUUAUGGAUACCUUGCUCCUGAAUUUGUUUACCGAAAUGAACUCACAACCAAAAGUGAUGUAUACAGCUUUGGGGUUUUGCUGCUUGAACUCAUAAGUGGACGUAAACCAACUCAAACAGUUGAAUCUGUGGAUUGGCAAGGAAUAUUUGAAUGGGCUACACCCCUUGUUCAGUCUCAUCAGUAUACAGAAUUGUUGGAUCCCGUCAUUACUGAUAUUCCCGAGGUAGGAGAAAUUCAAAAGGUAGUUGACCUUGUCUAUACUUGCACCCAGCAUGUUCCUUCCAUGAGGCCACGUAUGUCGUAUGUAGUUCACCAGCUACAACAAUUGGAACUGAAAGUUGCAUCAGAGGCUGGCAGGGGAGCUGCAGCGAGCUCCUCAACCAUGGCUUUAGAAGUGGAGCUGGUGGCUUGAUUGGAAGAGGUUAUCAAGCUAGAAUGUAAAUGCAAACAAGAUACUAUGCCCGUCAAAGUUAUUGAAGCUAAUAUGCAGCCAUUUGGGAUUGGAAGCAGCCUGUGCAAUUUUUGUUUUCUCCAAAACCUUUGGCAUAUAAAUCCUAUAUAUAUGUGUUCAUUAUAUACAAUGCAAAUGCAACUCUAGCUCAUUUGGCUUCACGUUGGAACAAAUUGGCUAUUUUUUUGUUUGUGUGCACUAAUUGUUCUUCAAUUUGGAGAUAAGAGAAAAUAACUAAAUGGAUUCGGCAUUUGAAACUCGUUGUAAAUCCAGUUCCUUUCAAUUUCAUUGUGGAAUUUUUACAUAA